AGGAACACAAUAGAGAGAGAGAGAGAGAGAGAGAGAGAGUGGACUGAUGAAAAGGCAACGCGCUCAUCAACAACCUCAUAACACAGACAAGGGGACGCAAAUAUUUUAUCUUUUUUCCAUUUUUAGACCUACCCAGAAGGUCUAAAGGACUCGGAAGAGCAAGAAUGGGUCGUAUAUUCUUGGAGCACCUUGGAGGAACACGGCUCUUCUCCUGUGCCACUUGCUACACAAUCCUCACGAACAGGACGGAACUUAUCUCCACCAGGUUCACUGGAGCGACGGGGCGAGCCUUUCUCUUCAAACGAGUCGUGAAUUUGACCUACAGUGAGGUACAGGACCGAGUGAUGCUAACAGGGCGGCAUAUGGUGCGGGAUGUGUCAUGCAAGAAUUGUAGCGCCAAGCUUGGAUGGAUCUACGAGUUUGCCACGGAGGAGAACCAGCGAUACAAGGAAGGGAGAGUGAUUUUAGAGCGAGCGUUGGUCACUGAGUCGGACGGAUUUGAGGAACACCUUGGAGACGAUUAAAUUCUCUCUCUCUCUCUCUCUCUCUCUCUCUCUCUCUC